AUGAAAGGGCGUGCUUGAUUAAGACUUAAAUUUAUGAAGUAUAAGGAAAUACAUUGGAUAAGAAAUUUAGCAGAAUCUAGUACUGAAGAAAGGGAAUCUAUAGAUAAUUCAAAUAGUGAAUUAAUACUUGAAAAGGAACUGAUUGGAAAGAAUUUUGAUAAUUCAAUAAUUUCAUUUUUAAAUUUAACAAAUGUAUUACUUAAAGAUUAUGAUAAAAUCUUGGAAAGAAAGAAAAAUGAUCUAAGUUUUAUGUAUAGUACCUUAAUAGGUGUCAACAAUGAAUUGCUUAGCUUUUUAAAAGACUCACUUACUGAUUCAAAAAGUCAUAUAGAUAAGAUAUUUGAGAAUGAAGAAUCUUUUGGUAAAUUAGAGUCAGAAAUGUGUAGAUUAAGUGAUGAAAAUGUGGCUCUACAUGUUGAUGAGAAUGAUGCAUGUUUAUUAAUUAAUAAAAAAGAUGGGGAUGAAUACUUAAAACAGUUAAACUUGAAUAAAGAGAUUACUUUAAAAAUAGAAAAUUCUUUCGAUUAUUUUAAUAAAUUAAGUGAAAAGAAUGAUACAUUUCUCUCUAAGCUUGAUAGUGCCUGGAGUUGUCAACUGCAUGCAAAAUUAUAUUUAAGUAAAUCUAUGGACAUAUUCCCUUUAAAAUAUAGUCAUAAUAGUAAUAAGUAUUUACUUUUACGGAAUUAAUUUAAACUUAAACUUAUAAGGUAUAAGGAAAUACAUUGGAUAAGAAAUUUAGCAGAAUCUAGUACUGGAGUGAAAGUGGAGAAACUUGCAAAUAAAUUAGAUAGUGAAUUAAUACUUGAAAAGGAACUGAUUGGAAAGAAUUUUGAUGAUUCAAUAAUUUCAUUUUUAAAUUUAACAAGUGUAUUACUUAAAGAUUAUGAUAAAAACAUAGAAAGAAGGAAAAAUGAUCUAAGUUGUAUGUGUAAUACCUUAAUAGGUGUCAACAAUGAAUUGCUUAAUUUUUUAAAAGAUUCACUUACUGAUUCAAAAAGUCAUAUAGAUAAGAUAUUUGAGGAUGAAGAAUCUUUUGGUAAAUUAGAGUUAGAAAUAUGUAGAUUAAGUGAUGAAAAUGUGACUCUACAUGUUGAUGAGAAUAAUUUACGUUUAUUAAUUGAUAGGGAAGAUAGAGAUGAAUACUUAAAACGGUUAAACUUGAAUAAAGAGAUUACUUUAAAAAUAGAAAAUUCUUUCGAUUAUUUUAAUAAAUUAAGUGAAAAGAAUGAUGCAUUUCUGCCUAAACUUGAUAGUGCCUGGAAUUGUCAACUGCAUACUAGGAUAUAUUUAGAUAAAUUUAUAGACACAUUCCCUUUAAAAUGUCAUCAUACAUACAAGCACGAGAUAGAUAGUUUAGAAGAGGGAUUUCGUACUUAUAUUUCAAUGGAGAAUUUUUCACAUCUAUUUUAUGAUCAUUUAUUUAAGAAUAAGAAUACUCAAAAAUUUUCUAAAAAGAUAGAUCUUAAAUAUUUGAAUUUGUUAGUUGAUGAAUUGAAGGAGGUAUUAGAUAGAUUAAUAAUACAAAAAAUUAGAACAUUAUUUGAUCGAACAUUUAUUAAUCCAGAUAAUAAAAUAGAAUGGAUGAUAGCUUACAUUAUAUGUGUACUUGAAACAUAUAGUUUUAAAAAUGAAUCUAUGUUAAAAGAUGUGAAAACUUGGUACGAGGGAAAAUUUAAGAAUCCAAUUUUAGAUAUUAUACAUAAAUCAUUUUUACAAGAAAAAGAAGAUAUAAAAAAGUCCUCAGAUUUAUUUAAAGCUUAUGUACAAACUAAAUAUAAUGUUGAUGUGAACAGUGAAAAUAUCAGAUCAAUGGUAAAAAAAUUUCAUAGUUCACUAAGUGAAGAGAAAAUUAAGGAAACAUUUAGUGCUAUUGUAUAUUUAUUAUUGUGUAAGAAACAACUAGGUAAAUAUUUGAGCUUUCUAGAAUUACUUAAAUCAGAAGGUGAAAAGUCACGCAUUAGUUCAAUUGUACAUAUCCCAAAGGAUAAAUCUAGAGAUUUAAUAGCAACAUUUAUGGAUAUUCAUGAAAGAAGUUAUUUUUUUAACAAUAUGCAUAUUAAAGAUAUUAGUAUGAAUCAAGCAGUAGUAGACUUAUGGAAAAGUGCAAAAAAGUUAGGCAUCUUUAAAAAUUUGGUAGAUUCAUUAAAUAAGGAAUUAAUUAAAUCAAAAAGUACAUACUUUAGUUCUGGAAAAAGAGAAUUAAUAAACAAAGAUGUAAUUUUAUUUUUACUUUAUAGUAUUAAAAGAUGUGGAUAUAUAUGUCAAAUAUAA